UCUGAAAACAAACAUUGUGAGUGUAUCAGUAGUGACUUUAUACUUUGAUAGUUUGUAUGAGGAAUUUAACAUAUUUACUUUAUCAAACUGUUUAUCUCAACCUUCUGAAGCAAUUUAGUAAAGACUUUGUUGAAUGUCACAUGGGUAAUAAGAUGAAUGAAAGUAGACGGUAACAAAUCAAGAUGCCUGGAGCAACUGUUACUACUACCAUUAUUGAAGUAUGGCAAGAAAACUUGGAGGAAGAGUUUGCAAAGAUGAGAGAAACCGUUUUGAAUUAUCAUUAUAUUGCCAUGGAUACUGAAUUUCCUGGUGUAGUGGCCAGGCCUAUUGGUGAAUUUAAGAGUACUUCUGAUUAUCAAUACCAACUAUUAAGAUGUAAUGUUGAUUUACUGAAGAUCAUUCAAUUGGGGUUAACAUUUUAUGAUGAUCAUGGUAUUCAACCACCUGGUGGUGGAACUUGGCAAUUCAAUUUCAAGUUCAAUCUAACGGAAGAUAUGUAUGCCCAAGAAUCCAUUGAACUUCUUGAUCGAUCAGGGAUAAAAUUCAAACAACAUGAAGAACAUGGAAUAGAUGUUGAAGAUUUUGCAGAAUUAUUGAUAACAUCAGGCAUUGUUUUAAGUGAUGAGAUCAAGUGGCUUUCCUUUCACAGUGGCUAUGACUUUGGCUAUCUUCUUAAAGUUCUUAAUAACACCAAUCUCCCAUCUGAAGAAGCGGAAUUUUUCGAGUUGUUAAAAAUUUUCUUUCCUCGUAUAUAUGAUGUGAAAUAUUUAAUGAAAAGCUGUAAGAAUCUCAAAGGCGGACUGCAAGAAGUCUCCGAGCUAUUAGAGCUUGAAAGAGUUGGUCCACAGCAUCAAGCAGGCAGUGAUAGCAUGUUGACCGGAGCUUCGUUCUUCAAAAUGAGAGAGAUGUUUUUUGAAGACAAUAUAGAUGAUGCGAAGUACUGUGGUCAUCUUUACGGUCUAGGAACAUCUUAUGCUAACAAUGGUGGACAGGCUUACAGCGGGCCCAAUUUGCAAGUUACCUCAUCCUAACAUAUUGUAGACACAAUCUUUUCAUUAAUUUUUAACUUUUACCUUUGUAACAUUACAUGUGACAAAGAUGAACGGUUUUAGUUCGGAAAAAAUGCUUAUUGCAUUAUUAAUAUUAUAUAACAAAUCUCAAAUCUUUUUAUCAUUAUUUUAAUUAUAUACAUCUUACAUGCAACUGAUU